UUCACUUCCGUCUUCGUUCUGAGAGAGUCACGUGAACGCCAGAGAGAAGACCAUUAGCCCAUGUUGUCAUAUAUCCUCCUCCACCGAUUUUGCCUUCAAACCGGGUUUGGGAAGCAAAGACAGUGCCUAGUCUGAGCUGUCGGAUACCAUGGCGGACGGGGAGAGGUCGCCACUGCUGUCUGAUCCACAAGAUAGUCCGAGCUCUUCCUAUAGCUCUCGCCGAGCCAAACCACACAACUUUGAGUCUCCCUUCCCCAGCUCCAGGGCUGACAUGAUGGAGCCGCCUCCCCCCUACUCCCUCCCGGGAGUCAGCCCCGACGAAGGGGCCUCCGUGGGGGUGAGCUGCCGGGUGUGCCAGAGCUCCAUCUCGGUGGAGGGGAAGGGGCACCAGCACGUGGUCAAGUGCAGCGUCUGCAACGAAGCCACGCCCAUAAAAAACGCUCCAGUCGGGAAGAAGUACGUGCGCUGUCCCUGUAACUGUCUGCUCAUCUGCAAGGUCAAUUCCCAGAGGAUCGCCUGCCCACGACCCUACUGUAAACGUGUCAUCAACCUGGGGCCGGUGCACCUGGCCCCGGGCAGCCCAGAGCCACGGAACCAGCCGGUCGGGAUCAGGGUCCUCUGUGGACAUUGUGCUAACCCCUUCCUGUGGACAGAGUUUUCUGACAGAACCCUCGCCAGGUGUCCACAUUGCCACAAAGUCUCUUCUAUUGGCCCUCGGUACCCCAGAAGGAGGAGCUCGCUGUGCUUCCUGCUCUGUUUGGUGCUGGCCGCCACGACUGCUGGACUCAUGGCGGGGACGUGGACUGCAGCCCAGCAUUCUAAAGGGAUCUAUGCGGCCUGGGUCCUGAUGUUGGUGCUGGCUCUGUACUCCCUGGGGCGAACCCUUUACUGGAGAUGUCUCCGGAUCAGCCAACCACUGUCCAACGAAGUAUAGAGAGAGAGAGAGAGAGAGGGAGAGAGAGGGAGAGAGCAGAAGAGGUUGAAGAAAGUGAGAUUGAUCAGUGGACAAACGUUUGAGAUGAGUAAUCUCAAUAUCUCGGAGAUGGAUGGAUUUGGGAGGGAUAGACACAUCGAUUAAUAGAUGGAUGAAUUGAUUGAUGGAUGGUAAGGCUGAUAGAUCCAUCAGUUGGAGGGAUCCAACUGAUGGAUCUUUCUUCCAAAUAUCCUGAAAAACACUAGCCAACCACAGCCCUCUAUGCGCCGGGGCACGGGCGCCGACCAGACACUUUUAAACCAAUCACAGGGCCUUCAAUGUUCUCAUUUGGUUCAUAUAUUGCAGCUUGCGCCAGUUUGAGCCUGUCCAAAUGGAUUUAAGUCUGCUCAAACCAGUUAGGCUUAGCUCUUGCCAGAUUGAGUCCAUUCCUAGAUUGUGCCAGUAUUGAGCCAAUCAGAAGGAGCAUAUGCAUUACUUAGUUUGGAUCAUGGGUCGGCUGCUCUAGUUGUAUAACUCUAUAACCCGAAGACGGACCCAAAGCAUCCAAGCGUGUCUCGUCUUUACUUUGAGGCAUCGCGGCACUAACAGAUCCCCUCGCAUUAGCACUUUGACCGUCUGUUUUUAACCCUGAGUUAGGACGCCAUGCCCUGACUGGCUAACUGUGGAAUCAGCUGUUGGCUCAGCUUUAUUGUAAGGAUCAUUACCUCCUGAUACGCCACAUGAUCAAUAAUAUCAUAUACUAAUUUAUAAUGGAAUAUACAGAUCCUGGAGAUAAAUUGUAUGGACCAAUGGGAGACAUAAGGGACUUAUAUUCACUGCCAUUGCCAGUAUAUGUAAAAUAAGACAUUUUUCUCCUUUCAUAUGCCGGGUACACUGAUCAGAAGUCCAACCACUUCCUGUCAGGCUUGAAAAAUUCACGAUUCUUGCUAGAUUAUCUGAGAGACUGACUUGCUAGUACUUCAAUUUAAUACAUUUUUCAACUGAGAAAAAGUUACUCAUGAAGGGACCUCACUAUCCAACCCAUAAUACAGGAUUUUAACGUAUUCUUUAUUACCUUGGGAAUCAAAAUAUAACUUGGGCAUUUAUUUAGAUGUUUUUACAUUUGUCAUUUGUCAGUGUCAAUGAGCACUUUGUUUUGAAAAUAAAUCUAGUUCUUGGCGGAAA